CUUAGACUUGGAACGCUCAAUGUUGGAUCACUGACUGGCCGCAGCAUGGAAAUUGCAGAAAUGCUCGAGCGUAGAAGGAUUGACAUCUGCUGCCUUCAGGAAACCCGAUGGAAAUCGAAUGGUGUCUGUCAUGUCAACUCAGACAAAGAAAAAUAUAAACAAUUCUGGAAUGGUCAAAAGACGGCCAAAAAUGGUGUUGGAAUUUUUGUCAGAGAACCGCUAGCCCAAGAAGUACUGGAUAUUAAAAGGAUUAAUUCACGUCUCAUGUGGAUCAAGCUUUGCGUAGAAAAGCAAACAAUGAUUAUUUUUUCUGCAUACGCACCACAGACAGGCGAAUCAGAAGAGAUGAAGAAUGACUUCUGGACUGCAUUCUCUGACACCAUCUCAACAAUACCAAAAUCUGAAACAAUCCUGAUUGGAGGCGAUCUCAAUGGUUUUGACAACGUACAUGGCGGUUUAGGCUAUGGAAAACGGAAUGAAGAUGGCAACCGCAUCCAUGAGUUUGCUGAAAUUAUACCUGGCGAAUCAUGUGUCGCCCAACAUAGACUCCUUGUGGCAGACCUGGUUGUCGAACUGUCAAAACAUAAGUCUAAACAAAUGCCUCGGAGAAUCAAAACGUGGAAGCUGAAA